AUGGCAACAGCCGUUCUCAGCCCGCAGGACUGCCUCCGCGACCCCUUCUCCACCCGCGGCGGUCUCCUCUCCACCCCGCCGCGCAACAAAAUCCGCCGCAACCCUAACCGCUCUACCAAGCACGGCCGCGGUCAAUCCAACAGCCGCAGGAAGCGUCCCACUGCCGACUCGUCGUCCCUAUAUCCAGCCAAGGUCCUUUCCAUGGGACAGGUUAAGAUCCUCAAGCGAGGCGAGCCGAUCCAGAUGAAGAAGAAAGACGAUGAUUCGACCGCCGCAGUUAAAGUUCAACAGAAGGUCGAAAUCAAGCUGGAUCUGGCGGUUUCUCCGCCGGCCGCCGCACCUCCUCCCCUAGUGAAUAGAUCCGUAGCCGGAUUCUACGCCGGAUCCGGAUUCUUCACCUCACCGCCUCCUAGCUCCCUCCCGGUCCCCGUCUUCCUCAAGAAGAGCGCCGUCGUUGGUGUAGAUAGCGAGGCGACCAACGAUCUGCGCAGGCUUCUGAACCUCGCCUUGUAG